CUUAUCCUUAUCAUUUAAAAAUCAUUCUUAUUUAUAUAUAUAAAAAGUAGAAACCCCACCCCUACAACAACAAAUAAACAAUUCAACAAUGUCGGAUUUUAUAUCAAUAAACAAUGUACUACAGCUAAGUCAUUGAUAACCUAACAGUUGAAUGGAAGAAGAAGCAUGUGGCGAAAUAUGCAAAUACAAUAUUGCUUCCAUGUUGUUUUGUUGCGCCAGAGAGAUAAACAAGAGAUAUCAUUCAGGCAGUAGAAGUUGACUCACAACCAUUCGAGAUUCGAGAAGAUGAUCAUAGGAGAUCCAGCUGCAUCUGUAGGGAAGCCAUUUCAGAAACAAGAUCAUCGCAAGGAUGAAGCCCAAGUUCGGAAUGAAAUUAGCCUUUCAAUUCCUCCACCGGCAUUUAUUUCAAAUAGUGAUCCACCACUUAAUGAAACAAGGGAAAAAUUCUUGAGAUAUGGAUUACCUCUCUACCUAGCUGCUAUGGAUGGAGACUGGGAUACAGCAAACAAUAUUUUUAAGGAAGCUCCCGAAUGGAUAACCGCACCAAUCACCAAAAGGGGAGACACAACUCUGCACAUUGCAACAGCUGCUAUGCACCUUGAAUUCGUAAGACAUCUGGUAGACCUUAUGGUUAAAUCAGAUGAUCUUCUUGAAUCACAAACCACACUUCAAAAUACAGCCUUCUGCAUUGCAGCCUCAUCUGGAAAUGUAGAUAUUGCAAAAGUUAUGGUGGCAAAAAAUAGACGACUUCCCAAUAUUAAAGGCAGUAGAGAACUUACUCCUCUUCAUAUGGCAAUCCUUCUUGGCCACAGAGAUAUGGUGAAAUAUCUCAAGGAAGUAACGGAUGACAGCCUGUUGAACGAUGAUGAUCGUGUUAAUCUUCUUACCAGUGCCAUAGAAUCUGACUUGUAUGAUGUUGCACUUUAUUUCAUAGAUAAGCACCCUCGGUUGGCGACCCGUGCGAAUUGGAAUGACGAAAGUGUGCUGCACACCCUUGCUCAAAAGCCUUUGCAGAACCUAACUAGCAAGAAAAGCAUAAGGAAACACUUUCUGAGCGGAUGGACUUACAUGGGCAAAGAUGAAGGAGAACAUCAACUAGAACUUGCACUUCAAGUGACUCAGAGAGCUUGGAAUGAAGUCAUCAAAUUAGAAGAAACUGAGAUCUCAAAUUUGAUUGCAUAUCCAUCACGACUGCUGUUUGUUGCUGCUGAAAUGGGGAAUGUUGAGUUCCUAAUCACAUCAAUUCUUUCGUAUCCUGAUGUCAUAUGGAAAGUUGAUGAAAAGAACAGAAGUAUCUUUCACAUUGCUAUUGAAUGUCGACACGAGGGAAUUUUUAAGCUUAUACACGAAAUUGGAGCCAUAAAAGCUUUAAUCGCGUCAUACACUGAUCCGCAUCAGAACAAUAUGCUGCAUUUAGCUGCAAAGAUUGCUCCUCCGGAUAGACUCAACUGUGUCUCAGGUGCAGCUUUACAAAUGCAAAGGGAGCUAUUAUGGUUUGAGGCUGUCAAAGAUGUCGUCCAACCCCACUAUGCUGUGGCCAAGAAUAAUCCGACAGAGGGCCCACAAAUGACACCCCAAGCUUUAUUUACAGAAGAACACAAGAACUUAAGAUUAGAAGGAGAGGAAUGGAUGAAGAAGACAGCAGAAUCAUGUACACUAGUAGCAACACUCAUUGCAACAGUUGUUUUUACUGCUGCUUUUACCUUACCUGGUGGUAACGAUGACAAAGACGGAUCUCCGAUUCUAUUAAAAGAUGCAGCAUUUAAGGUAUUUGCAAUAUCCAAUGCAGUUUCGUUAUUCGCUUCUGCAACGUCCAUAUUAAUGUUUCUGUCAAUCCUAACAUCAAGAUAUGCAGAAAGUGACUUUCUGAAGUUACUACCUUUCAAGCUAAUGGUAGGCUUGUCAUCUUUAUUUGUGUCCAUUGCGACAAUGAUGGUUGCUUUCACUGCUACAUUUUUCAUAACUUUCAAAAACGAUACGAUUUGGAUCCCGGCACCUAUUGCUCUGCUAGCAGCAAUCCCAGUUUUGCUAUUUGCAUUUCAGCAGUAUCCUCUUUUAUGGGAUAUAUAUAGUUCAACGUAUCGGUCAUCAACUUUGUUUAAGCCAAGUAAACCACGGAAGCUUUCCUGGAAAAGUAGGGUGCCGAAGGCAAAAUUGAGUUAGAAGGAAGUUCCACGUUCUUAAUUUCUUAUUUUACCAAUAUUUAGUUUCAAAAACAAUAAGUUAAGCACUGUUUUUUCAUUAGGGAAAACGCGAUCAAAAGCACAACUCCACCAUUUCUCUCAUUAUGACUCUUCCUCUACUAAGCAAAGUAAUUUUUCCUGAAAACUGCCAGAUAAGUUCAUACUUACUAUUCAAAUUGCGAAUUCAUCUCUUUAGUUUACUUCGUUACUUCAACUUUAACGCGUAAGUAAUUGGCAUUGUUAAUCUGCAUCUCUUCCUAGUAAGUUUCUUUUCCAUUUGCAUGUUGAAUUGAAUUAAUUCAAGAUGAAUUCUGGAGUGAGAAAGGGAAAAGCUGAUCGAAAUUGGGGAUUUUUCUUGUUUGUCAUGAAUUGGGGAUUUGAGAUGAUGAAUUAAAUGUGUAAGUGGUGAUCGUAUGGAAUAAUUUGUGUUUAUUUGCUGAUUGUAUUUUGUUUUAUAUUGUUAGGGUUCGUGAUUUUAUAAUUUUAUGGAUUAUGGAUUUAUUGUUAGGGUUCAUGAUUUUAUAAUUUUAUGGAUUUAUUCCCAACUCAAUUCUUAUAACGGACGGUAAUUAAGGAAUGCUUAUCAAUUGAUAAUCUUCAAUUUUUCGUUGAUUUUAUGGUUAUUGUUACUAAAUUUUUGCACUUUGGUUUAUAUUGCUCAUCAAUUGUGACUUGCCGCCCAUUUGUUAGAUGGUAAUAAAUGGUGGUAAUGAGAAUCUUUUGGUUACUUUGAUCGCAUGGUUGUUCAAUUUCAAUCAUCUUAUAUUUUUCGUAAAAUUCAUUCCAAUGCAUCACCAUUGGGAGCUUUCCAAUGUAUCACCAUUAAAAGAGGUGGUAUUAGGUAAUGAUGGAAAAUUGUAAACAAAAAUAUUUUUUUGUGAUUAAAGUUUAUCUCAUUAAAGUUUCAUUACCAUGGGAAUGAGAUGAAACUUUUCAUUAAAUUUUACACUAUAAAUCAUUUCCAUUACCACCAUAUACUACCACUAACCAAACGAAUCGUAGAUGAUUAUAAGCCAAACUCAAGUACAAAAUUUAAGUGAUCGAGCAUAGCUAGUAGUUUGAGCAUUAAUUCUUAGUAAUCUGUUGCUAUCAUAUUGAUUGGGUUCUGGUUGAGGUUUGGGUUAUUCGUUGUGCUAGUUUUGAGAUGUUUUGAUAAAUUUCAGAAUAGAUGUAUAAAUGUAGAGAAGGCAUGUAGAAAUCUUGUAUUCCGAGCAUGUUGCUGUGAUGAAUAGGUUGUCUAUGAGUGCAGGUAGGUAUUAUUUUGAUGUCGAUGUUACAGUUACGCUGUAUUUUUGAGGUAUUGUUCUGAGUGCAAGUUAGCAGUAUCUGUGGCUGUGCUUUUUUUUUUUUUUUUUUUGGUUUAUAACAGCUUGUUAUGAUUAAGAGAUUGCUUAAUGUUUUUGAAUACAUAAUUGUGUUGAUUUAGUAUAUGUGAAAAGGUAAACUGUUAUGAUUAAGAGAUUGCUUAAUACUGUUGAAUACUUAAUUGUGUUGAUUUGCCUAAACCUGGAAGUUUGCCGCUUUUUAAUGUUCUAUGUAACACAACGACAAGGAAGACAAGAACGAAUGAUUUUCUUUACUCUGAUGAUGAUAAGAAUGAUUUUCACCGGUAAAAUGAGAAUAUAUUGUUAAGUUGGGAUGAUCAGUCCCAAUAUGCUAUGCAAUGGAUUCAAUUCAAGGGUACGGGACAAGAGCGAAAUGGGCAACAACAGCUUUUGCGAUCUUUUUAAAUAUCAUUUGAGGUCCAAUUAUAUUUGUUGCUUCUAUUUGCUGCCGCCAUGCUUAGCCACCCUACCCUAUCCAUUAGGGGUGACACCCUCCUUCUACAACCUAGAGGUAGUUGAGCAAUUAUGAAACCACCACCCCCACUUGUUUUGAAGGCUAUAAAUAGAGAAAAGGAAAAGGGAGCUCAUCAUCUCAGAUUUCACUCUUUAUUUUGAGUAACUUUCAUGUAUUUUUGAUAGCUUUGUUUUUACUUCAGUUAAGAAUUAGUGUUUAGCAUAACUUUUCUUACAAUUCGAUUAAGUACCUUCAAUUUCCAAUUACAAUCUUAAUUUUAUCCUC